AUUUACACUUUUAUGCGUAUAGUUCUUCCAGGAAUUUGAGAACUGCGCUAUUAUUGUCACACAUGUAAAUGUAAUAUUAGUGAUUUUUCCUUUGAUAUUCAUAUACUCGUAUCCAUUGCUCGGAUGAAACCUUUUCUUCUUUUUUAUACAAAUGAACGCCCUAAGCUAAUUUCGUAUUUAUUUCUUAUAAUAUAAUAAACGAAAAUAAUAUUGAAGAAUCUACCCGCGCUUUUAAAUUAAAGUUUUGAGAAGCCACAGACCUGGACGGGAUUUAAAGGAAGCUUCCGGCGGAAAAGGCACCGUCGAUUAUUUGAAUUUGACAUUUCACAAAUCAGGAUUGAUCGAUGGCAUUGGAUCAAGUCGAAGGAGAUCAAAACCCUAGGUUCUUCGUUGCAGUUCACGUAGGCGCGGGAUUUCACUCGCCGUCCAAUGAGAAAGCCCUCAGGUCCGCCAUGAAACGAGCUUGUCUCGCUGCUUCUUCAGUUCUCAAGGACUCUGGUGGAUGUGUCGAUGCUGUUUCGGCCGCCAUUCAAGUUUUGGAGGAUGAUCCAAGCACCAAUGCUGGCCGAGGCUCCAAUUUGAACGAAGAAGGUUCGGUGGAAUGUGAUGCCAGUAUUAUGAAUGGUGAUACUGGAACAUUUGGAGCCGUUGGAGCGGUUCCAGGCGUUAAAAACGCAAUCCAGAUUGCAGCUUUACUGGUGAAGGAGCAAAUGAAGAAAUCUACUUUGCUAGGUCUAAUACCUCCCAUGUUCUUGGUUGGCGAAGGUGCUCGUGAAUGGGCAAAAUCCAAGGGUAUCGCUUUGCCAGUUACUUUGAAAGAGGCUGACGAGUGGCUGGUGACAGAAAGGGCAAAAGCACAAUGGAAAAAAUACAAAGCUAUGAUGAUUGAUGCAAAAUCUGGAACAGAUAAAUCUUCCUUUGAGUCAUGUAGUCUACAAAAUUUAGGUACCUUACCUCAUCUUUCUUUCUAUUAUUCUACUGAUAUUACGUGCAUAUUGCUUCAGAAAAAAGAAGCUAAACCUUGUUGUCCUUCAGAAAGGGAUGUGCCUGAAGCAGAUUGCGUCAUGGACACUGUUGGUGUUAUUUGUGUGGACACUGAAGGACAUGUGGCAUCUGGGGCCUCAAGUGGAGGCAUUGCCAUGAAGGUGAGAGGACGUGUCGGAUUAGCAGGACUUUAUGGUUCAGGUUGUUGGGCAUCUUCUAAAGGUCCUUUUGGAGCUCCAUUUGUGGUUGGUUGUUGCGUAAGUGGUGCUGGUGAAUAUCUAAUGAAAGGAUUUGCAGCCCGAGAGUGCUGUGUUUCUUCAUCAAUUUCACAGGUUGGUCCUGCCUCAGCUUGUAACAAAGUUUUACGGUCUUUUAUGCAAGAGAGUAACCAUAAUGGAACGGACAAAAGUGCUGGAAUUUUACUUGUACAAGCGGACACAGGGAUUUCUGGAAGUACUCCGAAACUGAAAGCUAUUGAGAUUGCGGCUGCUUAUUCUUCUUUAUCCUUUGGGAUAGGAUAUUUUGGAAGCUCCAUGGAACGCCCCAAGGUUUCGAUUCUAAGGAGUAAAAAUCAGCAAAACAAAACAGAAAUAGAACGUUUUGAAGCGAGAGUUGAUCUUUCUUGUGAAAAACGACUUUGACUGCAGAGAAUUCUGUAAAAUGAGCCAACACUUUUAAGUUAAGUGGAGUGGGUGAAGUUUAACAGUUGAGGCUUCGUAUAUGUACCUUUUUCUUUUAUCUGUAACUUAAGAAGAGUAAUGAUAUGUGUUCACACACAUGUUACACACAAACAUGAUCCACCUUAAAUGAAUAUGAAUGGUUGAAAAAUUACCAUAAGUUUGCAAAUAUCAUUACUUGUAUCCAAUGUUGAUGUUGUGUGAAUCGAAUAUUGGUUCGGAAUAAAUUGGCCAUUAGGUUUUCCUCAUAUUA